UAGGGGCAAGAUGGCGCCUACUGCGGUGGGGGCCGCGUCCGGGGAGCGGGGUCUCAAGAGCCUGGUGUGGCAGAAGCUAAAAUUAUCAGUAUUUGAUGAUUGUAGGAAGGAAGAAGAAUGGAAGUUAAUUAUUUUAGACGACUUUACCACUAAACUACUGUCGUCAUGUGGCAAAAUGACUGAUUUACUGGCAGAAGGCAUCACUGCUGUGGAGAAUGUUUAUAAAAACCGUGAGCCUGUCCCGCACAUGAAGGCAAUUUAUUUCAUCACUCCAACCAAGAAGUCUGUAGAUGGGCUUAUAAAUGACUUUGUAAGUAAAACAUCCAGCAAGUACAAAGCAGCAUAUGUCUACUUCACUGACUUUUGCCCUGACAUUCUCUUUAAUAAAAUGAAGUCCUCCUGCUCAAGGGCUAUAAGAAGGUGCAAAGAAAUAAAUAUUUCCUUCUUUCCAUAUGAAUCUCAGGUAUUUACUCUCGAUGUCCCAGAUGCAUUCUUCUGCUGUUACAGUCCAACUGUGGAAAAGGCAAAUGGUAAAGAUGCCAUCAUGGAAGCAAUGGCUGAACAAAUUGUUACAUUAUGUGCAACUUUAGAGGAAAACCCAGGAGUAAGAUAUAAAAGCAAGCCAUUGGAUAAUGCCAGCAAACUUGCAGAGCUAGUUGAAAAUAAGCUUGAAAACUACUAUAAAAUUGAUGAGAAAAGCCAAAUAAAGGGUAAAACCCACUCCCAGCUGUUAAUAAUUGAUCGUGGCUUUGACCCUGUGUCCACUGUACUCCAUGAACUUACCUUCCAAGCAAUGGCAUAUGAUCUGCUACCAAUUGAAAAUGAUACAUACAAAUAUAAAACAGAUGGACCCAGUGGAAAGGAAAGGGAGGCAAUUCUGGAGGAGGAGGAUGAGCUCUGGGUGAAAAUUCGGCACAAGCAUAUUGCAGAUGUGUUAGAGGAAAUUCCAAAACUUUUGAAAGAAGUUUCAUCAAAGAGAAAAGCAACAGAAGGAAAAUUAUCACUAAGUAAUCUGGCCCAGCUAAUGAAAAAGAUGCCACACUUCCGUAAACAGAUUACCAAGCAAGUAGUCCAUCUUAAUAUAGCAGAAGAUUGCAUGAGUAAGUUUAAAUCCAGUAUAGAAAAGCUGUGCAAAACUGAACAGGAUUUAGCUCUUGGAACUGAUGCAGAGGGCCAAAAAGUGAAAGACGCAAUGAGAGUCCUUCUUCCAGUUCUACUCAACAAAAACCAUGACUCUUAUGAUAAAAUAAGAGCUAUACUCCUUUAUAUCUUCAGCACAAAUGGAACUACACAAGAGAAUUUGGACAAACUGAUCCAGAAUGUACAAAUAGAAAGUGAUAGCGACAUGAUAAAAAAUUGGAAAUAUCUUGGUGUACCUGUUGUGGUCUCGUCUGCUUCUCAGCAACGUAGACAGUCAAGGAAGGACCGCUCUUCAGAAGAAACAUUUCAGCUUUCUAGAUGGACACCUGUUAUCAAAGAUGUUAUGGAGGAUGCUAUAGAAAACAAACUAGAUUCAAAAGAAUGGCCUUACUGUUCCCAGUGCCCUGCAUCCUGGAAUGGUUCAGGGGCAGUAAGUGCUCGCCAGAAGUCCAAGACUAGUUACCUGGAUGACCGAAAGAGUGGUUCAAAGCUGAUAGUUUUUGUAAUUGGAGGCAUCACAUACUCUGAGAUACGCAGUGCUUAUGAAGUUUCUCAAGCCUACAAAUCUUGUGAAGUUAUUAUUGGUUCCACUCAUAUUUUGACACCCAGAAGACUGCUGGAUGAUGUAAAGAUGCUUAAUAAACCAAAGGAUACAGUUUGCAUUAAGAAUGAAGAGAAGUUGUAAUGUUCAAGCAGUACUAUUUCAGUAGUGAUUAAAAAUGCAUUAAGAGAUCACAUAAUAUAAAUAGCAUGUAAAUAUUUGUGUGGAAUUAACUUUUCCAGUGAUGUAUUUGGGAAAGUACACACCCUCAACUAAUGGAAUAUCAUUUUAUAAUUUAAAUUUGCUGAUUUUCUUUUUGGAGUUAAGGGCAGGAAGAAGAGGGAAAAAGUGUCUAACACCUUGUUUUUAAUGUUGUAUUGGGUAUGGACAGCAUUUCACAGUAAAGUGCUUUCUGAAACUGACAUCUUUACCACUGCAACAAAUCAUUCUAGAAUUUAGAAAUCAUCAUGUUUUUGUAUAUAUACUAAUGGCUCUUUCAGUAAUUAUGAAAGCUUUCUAUGCUGGAAACUGGAGAGGUUUUCUGAAACUGACAUGAAAGUACCUAGACUUAGAGAAGUUUCAGAGGCAAAAGCUGUAAAUAUAAACAUAUGGUAAGAUUA